AUGCCGACGCUAGAGAAACCUCCCCUGCGGUUGCAUCACUCCUGCCAGGUUUGCUACAGAGGUGGAGGAGAACCAAUCAGCGGGCGUGCUGGAUCCUGGGCGCGGUUAAGUGGGAAGCAGUAUCCGAAGGUGAUUGGCCCAAAGGGGAUUUGCCCCGCCCCAAUCACCGCGGCAGCUGGCCGCGGUGGGCGUGGUCUCCCGGCAAGAGAGUUUAAAGGGCGCCUCUAUGGGGGGCGCUCAGCUGGAGCGACCGAGCGGUGCCAGGCCAGGUGUGUGCGUCCGUCGGUCUUUCCGUGCCCACGCCGGAGACCAGCCCGGAGGCCGCCUGGGCCUAUCCCUGCGCCCGGCACCAUGACGCAGGAGUCUGCAGCCCCGAAUACCCCGCCCGCCUCGCAAUCCCCUACGCCGUCCGCUCAGUUCCCCCGAAACGACGGUGACCCCCAAGGGCUGUGGAUUUUUGGGUACGGCUCCCUGGUGUGGAGGCCCGACUUCGCCUACAGCGACAGCCGUGUGGGCUUCGUGCGCGGCUACAGCCGCCGUUUCUGGCAGGGAGACACCUUCCAUCGGGGCAGCGACAAGAUGCCUGGCCGUGUGGUGACGCUCCUUGAAGAUCAUGAGGGCUGUACUUGGGGCGUGGCAUACCAGGUGCAAGGGGAGCAGGUAAGCAAGGCCCUGAAGUACCUGAAUGUGCGAGAGGCAGUGCUUGGUGGCUAUGAUACCAAGGAGGUCACCUUCUAUCCCCAAGAUGCUCCUGACCAACCACUGAAGGCACUGGCAUAUGUGGCCACCCCACAGAACCCUGGCUACUUGGGCCCUGCGCCUGAAGAGGCCAUUGCCACGCAGAUCCUAGCCUGCCGGGGCUUCUCUGGCCACAACCUUGAGUAUUUGCUGCGUCUGGCAGACUUCAUGCAGCUCUGUGGGCCUCAGGCACAGGACGAGCACCUGGCAGCCAUCGUGGACGCUGUGGGCACCAUGUUGCCCUGCUUCUGCCCCACUGAGCAGGCUCUGGCACUGGUGUGAGGGGCUGAGCCCCUGUGGGGAAUGCCCAUGUGGACAUCAGGGCCCGUCACCCACUCCAGUGCACAAGAUAGACUUGUGACCACUAGAACCCACUGCGUGGACAUGGGGGGUAGCUGGAGGUUUCUCUUUCUCAGCCCCUGCCUGUCUGCUAGCCUCCGGCUCUCCUGCUUGACACUGACUUACUACUUGAAACUUUAUUUAUUGCACCAUGUUGGUGUGGGCAGGCGGGGGGGCCUGCCCUGGACACAGGGGUCCUGCUGAGCAGUGGCCCCACCCUGGAACUUGACCAGAUUCCCCCCAGUGCUGCUGCUAACCCCACACCACCCAGGCCUCCACCUCCCCAGGGAGUCUCCAAGAGUCUCAUCCUCUGCCCAGUCAGCCCAACCAUCCAUAGCCCUGGGAAUUCUUCCUGCCAAGGAUCCCAGCACGCUGGAUGAGGGAUUGUAGGGAGUGAGGAAAAGGGGCCCUGCAAGGACUGAGGCCCUGGCCAGCCCUGCUUCUCCACCAGUUCCCCAGGGCAGAGCUGGGGCUGACGACUAGACACAGCUGCUGAGCCUGGCCUGGGCCUCUUACCCAUUUGGUUGUUUCCUUGUCUCUAUCUGACUGUCUGGGCCACUCCUGCCUGUGUGUUGGUCUAUUCCUGGAAAGCUCAUCACUACAGGCCCUGGCACCUUCCCAGUCUGUCCCAUACUGUUAUCCAUAAAACUAUCUCUUCAUCUA